AUGCCACCUCCGGUCGGCAGAUACGGGCCUUCAGGUCUUGGUGCCCCUUAUAACUUACAACAAGCUCACCUUCAGUCCCAACAUCCCCACGCUCAAUCUGCCAACUCAGCUCUCCCACCCCCUUCAGUUGGUGGCCACCCUGGUUUCAGCGGAAACCCAAACACCAACAUCAAUCCCUUUGCAUUGUCUGGCGCCGGCGUUGCGAACGGGAUGUCAGUGUCGGGCUUCGGUGGAGCUGACGGCGGCGGAACAGGCCUCGCCAGUCAUGCUGCGCAAAUGGGCUUUGCGCGAGGCGCCCAAAUGCAACAGCAGCAGCAGCUACAUCAAGCACACGACGGGCGAUUAACACUGGAUUCGAAAGCCGGAGCAGUAAAAUCACGAAUUCGCGAUGUGUGGAAGCACAACCUGGCGCACGAAAUGGCAGUUUUGCGGUCCCUAGUGGACAAAUACCCAUACAUCAGCAUGGAUACCGAAUUUCCCGGAAUCGUCGCGCGACCGAUUGGCACUUUUUCGAAUAAAGCGGACUACCAUUACCAAACCCUUCGCUGCAACGUCGACCUCCUAAAGAUGAUCCAACUCGGCAUUACGCUGUUCAAUGAAGCUGGUCAAGUGCCCCGGCGCAAUCGGCGGACGCGAGUGUUCAACUUCCGCUUCUCCCUCGAGGGUGACAUGUACGCACAAGAAUCGACGACCAUGCUCGCCAAAUCCGGUAUCGAUUUCAACAUGCACGAAAAAAAUGGCAUUGACCCCUUUGAGUUUGGCUCUCUGCUUAUCAGCUCUGGAUUGGUCCUUCUUGAUGACGCGCACUGGGUGUCUUUCCACUCAGGUUACGACUUUGGCUACCUGAUGAAGAUCAUGCUUUGCGCGCCUCUUCCAGAAAGCGAAGAGGAGUUCCACCGAUUGCUGAACAUCUUCUUCCCGUCUCUCUACGAUAUCAAGUAUCUUAUGAAGCACGCCGGACGCAAUCAAGCUGUUAACGAUUCUCCCCUCACCCAUACCGCCGCGCAAAUCCUGAACAACCUGGGCCAGAAGUCCGGCCUCCAGGACAUCGCUGAUGAGCUCGGUGUGAAGCGCCUCGGGAUCGCUCAUCAGGCUGGAUCUGAUUCUUUGAUGACCGGGGAGAUCUUUUGGAAGAUGCGCCAGAUGAUCUUUGAUGGCAAAAUCGAUGAAAGCAAGUAUUCCGGCCAGAUCUGGGGACUCAAUGGCCAGAUCCCCGCCAUCAACUACCUGGCCCAGCAGACCCCGAACCUAAAUGGCGCCACCAUUUUUCUGCCAAUGGCACCCCCAGCACACCUAACACCGGUCAUAUCAUGA